AAUAUAGCUGGGGACUACUUUCAGGCGCUGCGUAAUAUCACUGCGCCUGCUGCCGCAGCAAAGUUCCUUGAUUAUUACGCCGGACUGGGAGUAUAGUUCCUAAUCAUAUCGGAAUUUCCGCCGGUCUUAGUACACGAUAUAACUACAGAAGAGUCAAGUUUUAAAUAGGAAAACUAUCGAAACUCUUUGGUCAUUUUUGAACGCGAUGCUACUGGUCUAAUAGGAUUCAAUGAUCUAUGCUAAGCUAUGCUAAAAGUGCUAUCGCCAGACCCGGAGAUCGGCUGAAUGGAUUCAAAAACGUCCUCCUGAAAAGCCCUGAGGUCAGAUUUCAUCUAAAAAGCAGCGUGAACCAAGACCGCAUCAUGUUGAAGAUCUUAAAGCUCCACCUCUAUCUGCUCAUAUGGUGUCAAGCUGCAGAGACUUUAACAGAUCAACUAAUAGAUUUGGGUCAAAAUGUGACUAUAAACUGUGAUAUUGAUGCAAAGGAGGCCACAUGGUUUUUGCUGAAUUUACCAGAUCCUCCAGUUGUGAUAUUACACUCAUUCUUAAACCCACCAACAACAUUUUACUAUAAAAAUACCUUCAGGAACAUAUAUUUAGUGCAGCCUAAACAUCGUCUUUUCAUCAAUAGCAUGUCUACUAAUGAGUUAGGAGUUUAUUAUUGCAUGAACACAGAAACAGAUGUAAAAUUCAGCAACGGCACCAGACUACACAUCGCCAUACACAUUGACCCAACUAAACCUACAGAGUUGACACAGUGUCAGAAUCGCACUGUAGUGUUGCAUACUGAGCAGACAACAACAUGGAUGAUGUGUCUUACUCUAAUAUUUUGCAUUAUCAGUGUUUUUCUGGUCAUUGGGAUGAUCGCAUUCCUGAGACAAUCUGAUGGAAGUGACAAAAAUCCACAACGACAUACGGACCUACAGUAGUUUCAAGCUACAGAUCUUAGGGUGACCAGUGUCCCAACUCUCUUAAAAUUGUGAAUAGCCUGCCCCGGUCUUUCCCUUUAACUUUUAAUAUCCUAGUUGUCCUAUGUUUUGUAUUGAAAAAAAAAAAAAAACUGUUUCUGUGCCAUUAAGUUGAUUUGCUGUUGCAGAUUUUUCACCUGUUCUUAAAGCACUGCAGGUUUGCUUUUACAAUAGAGUUUCCGCAUAGAAAGCACAGGCUACCGCUUUCUAGGUAACUCACUGUGUUGAGUAUUUCUUUUAAUAAUGACCAUGAUAAAAUGAUUAUCGAUAGUUUUAAGAAAUGACGAACGUGAUGCAUUGUAAUGCAUUUCAACCGGUCAUGUUUAUUUAAUUGAGUAAUUUAGUCAAAGAAAAUCUCUGAGCAGCUUUUGGAAAUCCUCAAAUCUGGUUGCCAUGAAACUUGAUGCAUCUGUCCUCAUAUUAAAAUUACUUGCAUAUAUGGAGUUGCAUUUUAUUUUACGUUUCAUCAUGGAAAUUUUGUUGAAUUGUUUUUUGAAAUAAACUAUGUAUGUCAGCACUAUCACUAUGUCCGUACUUUCUUCUGCACUUGGAAGCUCCUGUCGUCAAGUCAAAUUCCUUGUGUGUGUAAACAUACUUGUUAAUAAAGCUCUUUCUGACUUCUGACUAAACGUCUAAAUUCACUUGUAAAUUUGCAGUUGAAAUUUCAAG